GGACAUCAAAUGAUAAUAAUAUUGAAUGGUCAUUUGACGUCGUUAUCAGCCAACAAAAAAAUAUAUAAAUAUAUGUGUGAGACAAAAUAUUCAAUAUAUAUUUAUACCAGCUCAAUCAUCAUUGACAACAACAACAACAACAACAACAACAAUAGCAAUGCUUCAAUUAUUGAUUGUUGGUGCUGCAAUUGCAUUAAUUUGUCAUGGUGAACCAUUGAGAACAAAAUUAAAUGGAAGUAAUGGUCGUGUUGUUGGUGGUUACUCAACAACUAUUGAAAAAAUACCAUAUCAAGUAAGUUUACAAGCAUAUGGUAGUCACAAUUGUGGUGGUAGUAUUAUAUCUAAAAAUUGGAUAAUAACAGCUGGUCAUUGUUCUGGUGGUCCACCAAUAACAUAUAAAAUACGUGCUGGUAGUACAUAUCACAAUAAAAAUGGUACACUUCAUACUGUUGAUAAAGUAAUACGUCAUGAAAAUUAUGGUUCAGAUAGAUAUGGUCAUCCAUUGAAUGACAUUGCACUGAUGCAUGUUAAAGAACCAUUUGUACUUGAUAAAACACGUCAAAUUAUAAAUUUAUUUAAUCUCGGUGAAGAAUCACCAGCAAAUGCAUUAUCAAUAAUAUCUGGAUGGGGAAAUACUGGAAAUACAUAUCCAGCACAAUUACAAAUAGUACAAGUACCAAUUAUAACAAAACGUGAUUGUAAUAAUGAUUAUUCAUCAAGUGGUGGUAUACCAGUUAAUCAAAUAUGUGCUGCAUAUGAUGAAGGUGGUAAAGAUGCAUGUCAAGGUGAUUCUGGUGGUCCACUUGCUAUUGAUGGACGUCUUGCUGGUAUAACAUCAUGGGGACGUGGUUGUGCACUUGCUGGUAAUCCAGGUGUAUACAGAUUCAACAUGUUAAAGUUUGUUGUGAGCAUUGUUGUUGCAAUUGUCAUUGCUUCUGCCAAUGCAUAUCCAUUUUAUUCACCAAUAAAUCCAUUUACACCAAAUGGUCGUAUUGUCGGUGGUAAACCAGUUGAUAUUCAAGAUGCACCUCAUCAAGUAUCAUUACAAAAUUAUGGUUUUGGUUUUUGUGGUGGUACCAUUAUUGGUAGUCAAUGGGUUUUAACUGCUGCUCAUUGUGCAGUAUAUACAGCAAGUCAAAUAACAGUACGUGCUGGUUCAACAACUAAAGGCAGUGGUGGUUCAGUACACACUGUAUCAAAAGUUAUUAAACAUGAAAAAUACAAGACAAACAUGUAUGGUGUACCAAUAAAUGAUGUUGCAUUAUUAAAAAUAAAUGAACCAUUUACAUUUGAUGAGACACGUCAAGCAAUUGAAUUAUUCAGUUUUAAAGAAGAAAUUGUUGAGGGUAUUCAUUCAGUUAUAACUGGUUGGGGUGCUGUAUUUGAAGGUGGUGCAACAACUGAAGUAUUAAAUACAGUCAGUGUACCAAUUGUAUCAAAAGAAGCAUGUGACAAAGCAUAUUCAGUAUAUGGUGGUUUACCCGAUGGACAAAUAUGUGCUGCACAUCCAGACGGUGGAAAAGACGCAUGUCAAGGUGAUUCUGGUGGUCCAUUGACUGUCGAUGGACGUCUUGCUGGUAUUGUUUCAUGGGGUAAUGGUUGUGCUAGACCAAGAUAUCCCGGUGUUUAUACUGAGGUUGCCUAUUUCCGUGAUUGGAUUCAAGAAAAAACUGGAUUUUAAAUUAACCACCAACAACAAUGAAUUUAAUUUUUUUUUUCUCAUCUUCACUCAAUGAGAAUACUUGAAAAUGUUUAACAAUUUUUAUUAAUUUUUUCUAACUAACCAACAAUGUAAAUAACAAUAAAAAUGAAUAAAAAAUAUAUAUAUUAUUAUAUUAUUA